AUGUCUUACUCUAAGAAGAUUGCCGCCAUCGCCGGUUUCUUUGCCGGUGUCAAUGCCCACAUGGUCAUCACCAGCCCCGCUCCCUUCAACCCUACCGCUCUCAGCAACGGCCCUCUUGAGCCUGAUGGAAGCAACUUCCCUUGCAAGUUCACCGGCGGCUACACCGCUUCCGGUGGCGAGGUGAACAGCUACGCCCUCGGCUCCCAACAGAAGCUUGCCUUCAAGGGUUCAGCCGUCCACGGUGGUGGCUCUUGCCAGAUCUCCAUCACCUACGAUGAGAGCCCAACCAAGGACAGUGUCUGGAAGGUCAUCCACUCUAUCGAGGGUGGCUGCCCUGCCCGUGACACUCCCGGUAACCUCCCUGCCGACAGCGCUGACUUCCCUGACCCCUACACCUACGACUACACCAUCCCCUCAAACAUCCCCGCCGGAAAGGCUACCAUUGCCUGGUCUUGGCUCAACAAGGUCGGUAACCGUGAGUUUUACAUGAACUGCGGUGCUCUCGAGCUCACCGGUGAAGGUGGUGACAAGGCCAACUUCGACAAGCUCCCUGACAUGGUUGUCCUGAACAUCAUGGGCAAGCCCUCCACCCCCGAGGGUAAGGACUACAAGUUCGAGAACCCCGGCGACUCUGUCGAGGACAACACCGUUGCUGGCUCCGUCGCCACUUGCGGUACUGGUGGCUGCACUGAUGGUGACAGCGCCCCUGCUGCCCCUGAGACUCCUGCUACCCCGGCCGACCCUGCUCCCGCUGACGGAGGUGCUUUCAUCACUGAGCCCUCCACCCCUGCCCCUACUCAAGCUCCUGCCGCCCCUGAGACUCCUGCUGCCCCCGAGACUCCUGCUGCCCCCGCUGCCCCUGCCGCCCCUGCUGCUCCCGCUGCUGGUUCCGGCUCUGCUCAGUCUGGUGCUUGCAGCCCCGAGGGUACCUUCAACUGCAUGGGCUCCAGCUACCAGCAGUGCGCUGCCGGCACCUGGUCCGUCAGCAUGCCCAUGGCUGCUGGCACCAUGUGCACUGGUGGCCAGGGAUCUACCCUCAGCAUCGCCGCCGCCGGCCGCAAGCGCUCCGGACGCUCUUUCCGCGCGUAA